UUGUCUGAGGUGUAACUAUGGCGAUCAUAAACAUCCUUCUGCUUCUAUGUGCUGCCUUUAUACUGUGUGAGUCAACACCUUUACUGGAGGCCAACCAGGACCAACUCUCUGCUUCAGAGCCCAAACUCAAAACCAAUGGUGAACAUCUUCCUGGUGUGAAUUAUAAAGAGAUUAUAGGUGAGGAGGGAGACAGCAAUGAACAAAGCCCAGGUCUGAAGGAAAUUAAUCCUGUUCAGGCUCUGACUCAGGGUAACAUGAAUGACAUGGAAACUCUUCACCCAUCAGAAGAGCUGAAUGAAGUUCAGGCAUUGUCCCUGGAGUCGUUUCAGGCAGCAGAUGAGAGGGUGGAGUUGACACAAAGCAGGAGCUCAUGUCCUUCUGGUUGGUAUAACUAUGGAUCUCACUGCUUCAGGUUUAUCAACACUGCAAUGUCAUGGGCUGAGUCUGAACAGUUCUGUGUGCUGCAGAGAGGAAACCUGGCAUCCAUCCACAACAAAGAUGAAGACAAUUUCAUAAAGGUGUUGAUGCGUGUACAAGCUGGAGGUCUUCCUGUCACCUGGAUCGGAGGUUAUGAUCUUGGUAAAACAAGCCUAUGGCUCUGGAGUGAUGGGUCCAUAUUUGUCUACAGCAACUGGGGCAAAGGAGAGCCAAACAAUGGGUUUGGCAACUGUUUACAGAUUAAUUAUGGAACUGAUAAACUCUGGGAUGACACAGACUGUAAGACAAAGCUUCCCUUUGUGUGUCGUAAAAAAAAAUAAUCUCCUCCAUGAGACUGAUGACAUAAUUUUUUACCUUGUGUGAUUUAAGAAGGUGAAUGUUAGCAAAUGUAUACUUUUAUUACCCUAGUUUUAAUGAAACAUGAUUGACAGUGAAAUACUCCCCAUAGAAGAUAUAGUUUCUCUUUCUUUUUCACUGCAUUUGUUGUUUUCACUGCAUUUACCAAUAUUGAUUGUGUCAAAGAAUGUUUGAUCUUCAAAAUUAACGUGUUUAUUCCAAUGUAUUUGUACAUUAAUGGAUAUUUCAGAAAUUCAAUAAAA